GCGGGGGGCUCCUCCUGAAAUAGCUACACUUUCGAAUGCCUGGGAAGCAGCUGUGCACAUCUGGCGGCCCGAGCCUGUCGUCUGGGGUCUGCCAUCUGAGGUUGCGGGACUGCUUCUGUUUAAUCAGCCUGAAACUCUGAGUCACUAGGGAUUGCAGGAGGAGAGGAAGGAGGCAGCUGGGAGCUGGCCUGGCCCCUGCCUCUGCCUGUUCUGGGUGUGCUCACGGCUGCCUGCCAUAAAAGGCUGGGAGACCUGCAGGACCAUUCGUCAUCCUCCUGGAGGGCCAGGGCGGCACUGGGGCAGUCACAGGGAAGACUUAUCCUUGGUGAUCUUUGUUCCUGGGGUGGGGCCAGGUUGCCCCAGCCACCCCACCCUCACCUGGUCCCCAUCACAGUGAGACAACCCGGGUGCUGCCUGGCUUCAUGGGUGGACCAGCCUGAGUUCUGCUUACUCACUGAGGCUGCGCCGGGAUGUGCAAAGACUACAGACCUUGGUGCCCUCACACCUGGUCCCAGUCCCAGCUCUGCCAUUUCUAACCUCAGUUUCUGCAUCUGUACGCGGGGGAACAGUGCAUGGGCUUUGAAACCCGCCCAUGAGCAUGACGGUGUCUGUGAAAGGUCUGGCUCGUAGUAGGCCCUCAUGGGAUCACGGCGUCCAUUCUCCCCGCAGCCUCUGACCUCUGCAGGUCAGUUCCCAGGACAGUGGAGCCAAACACAGACCAAGCGGGAAGUUCACCUCCCUGGUACAAAGUACGGCCCUGCUACUCAUUAACCUUCAGGGGCGCCUAAACCUCUGCAGAGAGAGAGAGGGGUUCCUGACGGCAGUGACCACCCACAGGCCUGCCCCACCCCAGAUCCCUAGCCUGGGCUCGAGGAGACCAGGAGGUGAGGAAGCACUUCUGGAGGAGAGGCAGUGCUGAUGAUAAUGGCCGUGGCCUCUGAGCACCUGCUAUGCACCAGGUCCUUGCAACCACCUCUGAGGGAGGUGGCGUGACCCCGCUUUACAGAUGAGGACACUGAGGUUCUGUGGGGAGAGGAACUGCCCCAGUAUAGCCACGAUGGAGGUGAUGAACCUGAUGGAACAGCCUAUCAAGGUGACUGAGUGGCAGCAGACAUACACCUACGACUCGGGUAUCCACUCGGGCGCCAACACCUGCGUGCCCUCUGUCAGCAGCAAGGGCAUCAUGGAGGAGGAUGAGGCCUGCGGGCGCCAGUACACGCUCAAGAAAACCACCACUUACACCCAGGGGGUGCCCCCCAGCCAAGGUGACCUGGAGUACCAGAUGUCCACAACAGCCAGGGCCAAACGGGUGCGGGAGGCCAUGUGCCCUGGUGUGUCAGGCGAGGACAGCUCGCUCCUGCUGGCCACCCAGGUGGAGGGGCAGGCCACCAACCUGCAGCGACUGGCCGAGCCGUCCCAACUGCUCAAGUCGGCCAUUGUGCAUCUCAUCAACUACCAGGACGAUGCCGAGCUGGCCACUCGCGCCCUGCCCGAGCUCACCAAACUGCUCAACGACGAGGACCCGGUGGUGGUGACCAAGGCGGCCAUGAUUGUGAACCAGCUGUCGAAGAAGGAGGCGUCUCGGCGGGCCCUGAUGGGCUCGCCCCAGCUGGUGGCCGCUGUCGUGCGUACCAUGCAGAAUACCAGCGACCUGGACACAGCCCGCUGCACCACCAGCAUCCUGCACAACCUCUCCCACCACCGGGAGGGGCUGCUUGCCAUCUUCAAGUCGGGUGGCAUCCCUGCUCUGGUCCGCAUGCUCAGCUCCCCUGUGGAGUCGGUCCUGUUCUAUGCCAUCACCACGCUGCACAACCUGCUCCUGUACCAGGAGGGCGCCAAGAUGGCCGUGCGCCUGGCCGAUGGGCUGCAAAAGAUGGUGCCCCUGCUCAACAAGAACAACCCCAAGUUCCUGGCCAUCACCACCGACUGCCUGCAGCUCCUGGCCUACGGCAACCAGGAGAGCAAGCUGAUCAUCCUGGCCAAUGGUGGGCCCCAGGCCCUCGUGCAGAUCAUGCGUAACUACAGUUAUGAAAAGCUGCUCUGGACCACCAGUCGUGUGCUCAAGGUGCUAUCCGUGUGUCCCAGCAAUAAGCCUGCCAUUGUGGAGGCUGGUGGGAUGCAGGCCCUGGGCAAGCACCUGACCAGCAACAGCCCCCGCCUGGUGCAGAACUGCCUGUGGACCCUGCGCAACCUCUCAGAUGUGGCCACCAAGCAGGAGGGCCUGGAGAGUGUGCUGAAGAUUCUGGUGAACCAGCUGAGUGUGGACGACGUCAACGUCCUCACCUGUGCCACGGGCACACUCUCCAACCUGACAUGCAACAACAGCAAGAACAAGACGCUGGUGACACAGAACAGCGGUGUGGAGGCUCUCAUCCAUGCCAUCCUGCGUGCUGGUGACAAGGACGACAUCACGGAGCCUGCCGUCUGCGCUCUGCGCCACCUCACUAGCCGCCACCCUGAGGCCGAGAUGGCCCAGAACUCUGUGCGUCUCAACUAUGGCAUCCCAGCCAUCGUGAAGCUGCUCAACCAGCCCAACCAGUGGCCACUGGUCAAGGCAACCAUCGGCUUGAUCAGGAAUCUGGCCCUGUGCCCAGCCAACCAUGCCCCACUGCAGGAGGCAGCGGUCAUCCCCCGCCUCGUCCAACUGCUGGUGAAGGCCCACCAGGAUGCCCAGCGCCAUGUAGCUGCAGGCACACAGCAGCCCUACACGGAUGGUGUGAGGAUGGAGGAGAUUGUGGAGGGCUGCACCGGAGCACUGCACAUCCUCGCCCGGGACCCCAUGAACCGCAUGGAGAUCUUCCGGCUCAACACCAUUCCCCUGUUUGUGCAGCUCCUGUACUCGUCGGUGGAGAACAUCCAGCGCGUGGCUGCCGGGGUGCUGUGUGAGCUGGCCCAGGACAAGGAGGCGGCCGACGCCAUUGAUGCAGAGGGGGCCUCGGCCCCACUCAUGGAGUUGCUGCACUCCCGCAACGAGGGCACUGCCACCUACGCUGCUGCCGUCCUGUUCCGCAUCUCCGAGGACAAGAACCCAGACUACCGGAAGCGCGUGUCCGUGGAGCUCACAAACUCCCUCUUCAAGCAUGACCCGGCUGCCUGGGAGGCUGCCCAGAGCAUGAUUCCCAUCAAUGAGCCCUAUGGAGAUGACAUGGAUGCCACCUACCGCCCCAUGUACUCCAGCGAUGUGCCCCUUGACCCGCUGGAGAUGCACAUGGACAUGGACGGAGACUACCCCAUCGACACCUACAGCGACGGCCUCAGGCCCCCGUACCCCACUGCAGACCACAUGCUGGCCUAGGCGGCCUGGCCCCAGUACGGCCCCCUCUUUGCAGGCUUUUCCUCCUCUCUAGAACCUCCUUCUGUUGGAGGCCCUCCCAUCUCCCCGCUGAAACCUGCGCUCCUUUUUUGGGGGGAUCCUUUGCUGCUGAGCUUCCCCAAGCACGGUGUGCCCUGGCCUGCCUUCUUCUUGUGUCUUUGGUGGGGAUGGGGAGGCCUAUUCCUGCUGGCCCCUUCUGGGGGUGGUGGGCAGGUGACACGGAGUGGCUUGAGCUUCUGGGGAUGCAGGCCCACCGAGCCCCUGACCCCUGUCUGUCCCCGCUCCCCUAACAGGUGCGGUUCCUCAUCUGAGAGGCUCUCCGUGCAGGCGAUGGGGCAAGACAGAAAAGUGCCUGAGCUGGGGAAGCCGGGGUGUAACUUCCUGCUGCACCCUGCGCCUCCAGAGGUCCUCCGUAGGGUCUUUCUUGGGAUAGUGUUCUGCUCCUGCUUUUUUGUCCUGGGCAUGGGUCCAGGGCCUGACUCCCCCUCCCCGCCCCUGUGGCCCUGGCCACUAAAGCUUCAGACUCAAGUACCCAUUCUGUUUUCCGCCAGCAACGCCCCUCCAAACCUCCAGCCUCCCUGUCUCCAGCUGCCUGGGCCCGGAAGGGCUUUGGUUCCUUCUCUGGGUCUGAUUUUCUCACUGAACUCCACCGACCAACUGCCCUAAGCCCCCAGGGCCUCCAGGGCCCAGGUUCAAGACCCAAACCCCCAAAAUCCAAACCUUCUCUUGAAAAGUUCAGGGACCGUCCAGGGGAGAUGGGGAGGAGAUAUGGAGUGAGUCACCCGCUCCAGAAGACGCCAGCUUCUCUCUCCAGGGUGCUUAGUUGGCUUUGCCCACCCCUCACUCCCCAGGGAGCUCUGGGGACAGCUUCCUCACACCCCUGUCCCACCCACACAGCUGCCCUAGCUGACCCCGAGAAGUGCUCUUGGCUGACCCCUCUGGUGUGUGGUGAGGGGCUUUCUCUUCCCCUUCCUGUUUCAGACCCCCCCAUUUCCCGCACAUGGUGUGGGGGGCCGGGGGAGGUCCAAGCAGAGUGUUUUAUUAUUAUCGCUUUAUGUUUUUGGUUAUUGGUUUUUUUGUAUAGACCAAAGCAAAGAAAAUAAAAAUAACACAGAUG